GAGAUGCUGCACCAACUAGAGAUCCAGCGUUCUGAGGAGCUACGGGUGCACUCGCAGGCCAUCGACAGCCUGCAGGCGGAGUUGGAGGCAGCGCGGCGGGGUGAGCGGGAGGCCGAGGAGCGUUCCGUGCACGACGCCAACGCCGCGUCAUCGGAGCUGGCAGAGUUCACGAUUAGGACUGAGCGGUUUCAGGAGCAGCUGAGACAGGACCACGAGGAGACUCUGAAUCUGGCACGCAUGGAGCUGGCCGAAUAUCGUGCAUCGCACACGCACGCCGACUCAGAGUACGACUCUCACGUCGUGCACAUCGCGGUCCUGCAGAAGGAGCUGAAGGAGCGUGACGAGCUGCUGCAGCGCUCUGAGGCCGACCUGGUGGUGGCACAGGAAGUGGCACAAGAGCGUGGCACUGAAGCCGAGCGGCUGGGCGCCGAGGCCGCGGAGCUGAGUGCGACCGUGCGUGACCUCUAUGCCAACCAAGAGGCGCAGCAAACUGAGGUGGACACCCUGCGGCAUGAAGCGCUGGAGUUGCAGCAACGGCUGCAGGAGACCAACACUUGCUUCGAGGAGACUGCCAAUUCUCUGGAGCAACAGCAUGAGCGUGCGGAGCUGUCUCAGGCAGAACUGGUGGCGAUGCAGGCGCGGCUAGGCGAGCACAAGGUGGAGUGCGAGCGGAUGCUGCAGAAUGAGAAGUGCCGUGCCCAGGAAGAGCUCGACAACACCAGAACACAGGGGGCAAAGAUGGAGUUCAUCAAGGGCCGAGCUGGGGAGUCCUCCAGGGGCAGAGGAGGCCGGGACGGCACAGGAGUGCUCAUUGAGAACAACAAGCAGCUGGGAUCCCUGCAGGCGGAGAUUCUGGGCUACCAGCGCGUGGUGGCAGAGCUGCAUGCUGCGCUGGGACCAUCCCACGAAAACCUGCAGAGCUUGCACGCACAGCUGCAGGAUCUGCAAGUGCUGUACCAGCAGAGCGAGGCGAAGUGGUGA